AUGCUUAAAGCGUACUACUUCGAUGACCACAAGGUUCUGUUUCGCUCAAUAGAUUAUUCUUCGAUAUCAUCAGCUUUGUGGAUAUCAUCACCUGCAUGUACAUGUGAUUGGGAUGUUCCAUGGUAUUAUGCUUUCGGGAAUAUGAACUAUACUUUUAUCCAGAUGUUGGGUUCUGGUAAUGAUUUGAUUUGCAUGGCUAUAAAUAGGUUGGAGGAUAUUUGUAUUUGGAACCCAUCAACUGGUGAAUAUAGAAUAACGCCACUCCCGUCCAGCGAUUUCCUUACGGGGGAACCACAACGUAAUCUUGGACAUAUUUUUAAUUAUGACUGCAUUGCAGAUGAUUACAAGUUGGCGAGAAUUGCUGAGAAACGUAGUAGUUAUGGAUUUUCAUCAAAAGUUAAUUCUGGUUAUUAUCAAGUUGAUAUCUAUACACUAGGCUCUAAGUCAUGGAGACUAGUGGGAACAUUCCCAAGCAUAAGCCAUUACAUGUUUCUUUACGAAAAAAAGCUUUCUGUUAUUUUCAUGAACGGAGCACUUCACUGGUUAGGCGUUCUCAAAAUCAAAGGCGUUACAUUCAGAGUUAUAGUCUCUUUGGAUGUCAGAAGUGGGGGAUUUGUGGAAUUUUUUUACCCAAAAAAAGUACAAGAAUUAAUAAAAAAUACGUACGGGGUUCGUGAAUGUACUGUCGGGGAAUUAGAAGAAUGCCUUUGUUUAGGUGUUUAUCAUAAGCUUAUUAAUCAUAUUGAUGUAUGGUUCGUGCAAGAAUAUGGAGUGAGAGAAUCUUGGACUAAGCGAUACAGUUUUAGUACUACAAACGUAUCAGUUGAUUCUCGGUGGAAACUGCUAUGGUCUUUUACAGCCGGUGAGUUGCUAAUGGAUACUGGAUUUGACUAA